AUGCCGAAAUGGCGACUACAAACCUUAAUCCAGCUAGACUUUGGUGGACCCCAGAGCCACACUCCACUCUUGUCUCGCUCAGUCACCAGUAACGUGGACUAUCGGGGUCCACUUUUCGAGCUCUCGUCACACCGCCCGUCGGUCCCGUUUACAAAACGGAAGCCUGCAAAUCAAGUUCUAACAGCCCUCACUUGGGUCGGACCUUUGCCAUCACGCCAGAGUGUGGAAUGGCUCAAUGGAAACCCAUACACCGUAUUGUGCUUGAGGGCCACAGCUAGCGAAAUUGAGGGUUCUCAGCAUGACUUUGGCCCUGACAGUAUCUCCAUUCUGCGUAUAAGUUUGGCCGUCUGCCGAGGGUAUUAUCGUUCGGUAGACAUGGAACUCUUAGACAAUAACAGAUUACUUGACGAUCAUAUUGAACGGCUCAUGCACAACCUCGAUGUUGACACGAUAUUAAAGUUGGCUCUCCUUACAUGGCACUUCGACGCAUCAUCCCAAAGACCUUAUGAAGAACUUCUCCGCUUUUUCUCGCAGCCAGAUGAGGAAGGUUCAGAGGUGUAUAUCAGGAUAUGCGAGAGAUAUAGCAAUCAUACUAGAAGGCGCGUAUAUGUCCUUCAGGGCGAGUGGAGUGUGAUAUAG